UCGAGAACUGUCUAUAAGAGAGAGACUGAGAGACCAAGCUGAAGAGGUAAAGAUCAAAUGGGAAGAGCACCUUGUUGCUCAAAAGAGGGACUGAACAAAGGAGCUUGGACUGCUAUUGAGGACCAAAUUCUCUGUGAUUACAUCAAAACUCAUGGUGAAGGGAAAUGGAGAAGAAUUCCAAAGGAAGCCGGUCUAAAGAGAUGCGGAAAAAGUUGCAGACUUCGGUGGUUGAAUUAUCUCAGACCAGAUAUCAAGAGAGGCAACAUUUCUCAAGAAGAAGAAGAUCUUAUCAUUAGGCUCCACAAGCUCUUAGGCAACAGGUGGUCUUUAAUAGCCGGGAGGCUUCCUGGGAGAACAGACAAUGAAAUUAAGAACUACUGGAACACAACCUUAUGGAAGAAGGUGAGAGGUGAAAAGCCACAGCAAUCUGAAGAGGAUAAAAAGAACGCCAAGCUUAAAUCAUCUACUAAAGCCCCAUCAUUGAAUACGCUUCAGUCAAGCGCUCCAAUACGGACAAAAGCGUUGAGGUGCAGUGAGGCUUUAGUCACUCAUCAGUUAUAUCAAGGCAAAAAUAUCAAAACCAAUAAUGUGAAAGCAGAAGCCACUGCAAAGAAAGACAUCGAUAAUUCAGAAGAUGGAGCUGUGUCUCAGGAAAAUAGUAUUCUGCAAAACUGCGCUAUGGAGUUUAAUUUUGAGGAGCUUUUGCUAUCUGAUAUCUCGGACUCAGACUUUUGGAAGCUGUAUGAUAAUCUUGAUAAUUGCACAGAAGAAAGUGGAAAUAGUAGUGGCGGUGGUGGUGCUAAUGAAAAGCUUUAUUUGGAUGAAUCGUUUUCGUUUUCGGAGGAAUUGCUCAAGGAUUGGAUUAGAGAUGAUAGUUUCUCUUGAAUAAAUUUGUCCAAGAUUGGAGAUAAUCUAACAUUGAAUAACAUAAUUAACUACAACAUUUGACUAGAUCCUAAGUGAAAGAUUCGAGGACUAGAUACCAUGUGAACUACAUUACCGUGUUUGUAGCCUAAAGAAAAGGAUUUGAAUUUGUAAUUUGUCCCAGUUAAUUUCUCGUUUCUUCAUCUUCUACUUCUUAUAUUUCCAUUCUUCAUUA